GCCCUGGUAGGAAAGCCCGGCAGGUGACAAGAGGUUGAACUCAAAGGUAUAAAGACGGGGACGACACGCUUCUUUUCAAUCGUGCUUGCCAUGGUCAAUCAAAGGCAGCCAGAUCACGCACCGCAAUAGCCCUUACUUGAUCCAUCUCAUCAGCUUAAUCCGUCAAAAUGGUUUCCCUCAAGUCCUUCGCAGCCUUCCUCGCCCUUGGCGUGCUCUCUGCUACUGCUGCUCCAGCCAACGAUCUUGUCGAGGCUAGAGCUAUCGCCACCCGCCAGAACACCGUGAGCGUCUAUGUCUGUGAGCACGCCAACUGGAGGGGGGCUUGUAAGCAAUACGAUUCUAAUCCUGUUGACUGCGGUGAGUCGAAACCUACUCCCACCUCAAAGCCCCUGAAAAAGUGAACGAGGUUUGACGUGGUGAAUUACAGUCAAUGUCUCUAGCGACGACAACCUUCGUCUUUGGGCUUGGGGCCCUAAGGACACAAUCAAGAAGAUGCCAACCUUGCUGACGGUAAUGGGGCUUGGAACGACCGGAUCAGCUCCUGGAGGUGCACUAGAAAUCCAUGAAGAGGGCUAGCCUCUUCUUCCAUCUGUUAGGUAGGUAGUUUGUCAACUUGGGAAAGCUCCUUAGGUACCUAGUCAGGAAUCAAAUGAACCC